AUGGAAUAUAAAGAGACUUCUCCAGUAAAUUAUGAUUAUGACAAGGUAUUGAUUUUUAUUCAUCACACGAAUAGAUUAAAUGCAGUGGAUAUUGAGAAACUAACAAAAAAAGAAAUCACUGUAAAUGUUUCUGAAAACAUUGAUAAUAGAAUAUGCAUGUGCAUUAUUCCUGGAAAUAAAAUUUUUUGCUAUGGGAAUUUACUUACUCCCCCCCCCAUCCCUGAUCGAACGAUUGACUGUAAAAAUUCCUAAAAAUUGGGAAAAUUAACCCCCAUCCUUGAUCGAACGAUUUUCAUAUCAUGCAAAUUUUUAUAUAUAUAAAAAUAUAUUAGUUAUCAAAAGCUUGGGAAGAUGCACAUAAUGAAGUUGUUUUCAGAAGCUUUGAGACGACAGAAAGCUACGGAAUCAACUAUUCGAAGUGAUUUACUCAUCAACCCAGACUUAAAAACUCAAUAAUCUAAUAAAAUAGAGAUUUUUUUAAAUUUUAAAAAAAAAAAAUUUGAAUUCAAUAAGAAACAAAUUAAAAUUUAUACAUUUUAAAGGGUAACUAAUAAAUCAAAAUAUAUUAAAUUGGUAUUUUAUGAAAUUAAUUCAAUUUUUGCUGUAAAAAUAAUUAUUAAAUACUCUUAACCCUCUUAUUUAAAAGUAAAUAAAAAAAUAUAUAUAUAUAUUUUUAUUUUUAUAUAUAAAUUUUUUUUUUCCAAAAAAAAUUUUUUUUAACCCCCAUCCUUGAUCAAAAGAUGGCGAGUCGUUCGAUCAAGGAUGGGGGGGGAGUUAAUAAUGGGAAAUACACUGGGAUUACAUUUAUUAUAGACUCAAGCUAUCGAGUUAAGCAGCUAUCAAGAGGCUUUCCAUGUGUCUCUUCAUCUGCAAUUUACUACAAUGGUCAAAUCUAUACAUUUGGCGGCUUUAAUGGAACUUGCCUAAGCCUUUCUAAAAGGUUUGAUUUGGCAAGUAACCGCUGAGCACAAUCUGCUAAUAAUUCAAUGAAAUGAAGAGCAUGCUCAAUUGCAAUAUUUUUAGACCAAUUUAUUAUAGCAGGCUUUGGAGAAACAAAAGCUUUUAUAUAUGAUCCUUUAUUAGACUCUUUUUCUUUAUUACCUUUAGAAACUCUUGUUAAAAGCUCAAUUAAGGUUAAUUGUGUCGCUAAUGACCGAGCAUAUGUGAUUGACUCAUUAGGAUAUGUUUAUGAAAGCGAUCCUUUUAAUUUAUAUAGCUGGUCACAAUUUGUAAACGCAGCGAUGAUUGGAACGUUUAUUUUUUCUUAUCCUGUCAUUUAUAAAGAUUCUCUUUAUUUCGUUUUGGAUUAUAAACUAUAUAGAUUCUAUUUUUCUUUAAAAAAGUCUAGAAAAGUUCUUGGAGAGGUCAUAAUGGACUAA